CGGCUGCCCCGCCGGGCCCCGGGCGCUGGCAGCGGCGGGCCUGCCCUUGGCAGCUCCCUCGGGCUGGCGAGCCGCGCCCGCGCGUCCCGCUGCCCCCUCCCCGGGGCUGCGGUGCGGAGGGGUGUGGCGGGGGCGGGAGGGCCGGGCGCGCAGGGGCUGAGGCGGCCGCCGUUGCCCUCAGGGCUGAGCCAUGAGGUGUCCCCCCUGCUGCCCCCGGGGCUGAGCCAUGAGGUGUCCCCCCUGCUGCCCCCGGGGCUGAGGCGCGGCCGGUGGGACAGCGGCGGGGCCUAGCGCCGCCCCUGCCCCGGGCCCUGCCGCGCCCCGGCCGUGCGGGGCGGUGGGGACCCCGCGUGGGGCUGAGCGGUGCUGGGGCGGCGUGCGGCACCGCUCGCUGCCAGCGGUGUCCUGGCGUGACGUGGGUCGUGGUCCUUUGCGCGUGAAGUGACACAUCAACAAUAAACUUAACACUAAGAGUGAUAAACCCAACGUGCGGGGGGUUCUAAAAGAAGCUGUAAGUGAAUUUGCCUUUCUGGGAGAAAGCUACUUGUGUCAUCUUGUAAUGGAAAAAAAUGGAGCUGACCAUGGAGCUGACAUUACUAUGGGAGGAUCUAAUGAUUUGUUCGUAGGUGACUGUAAUAGUGCUGGAGUGUCAGAAACAAAUGAUCAGGUUUUUCAGAAAUUGCUACUCAAGAUUUAAGUACAUUUUAUUGAUUUUCCUCAUCUAACCUGCAUGGAUUCGAGGGAUCUGUUGUUUGGACAGAGUGACUCUCCCACAGCCUUGCCUAUCUCAGGUCACCUGUCAGGCAGUUCUCCAUCAUCAGCCACGCCUGCACGGCCACCCCAGCCACAGCUUACCCCUGCAGAGGACUUCCACCCGGUAGACCAAACCGAGCCACCUCUCUAUGAGCUGCAGACCCUGGGAGGGCCCAGUGCACAGAUGAUGAUUGUUGCCAGCCAGUCAGAAGAUGGACAGGUGCUGCACGUCAUUCCUUCUAUCCAGCCAGGUAUGGCCCAAGUGAUUAUUCCUCAAGGUCAGCUUCUGGAUGUGACCAGCACACAGGAUGUUUUGGAAGAGAAAUGUGGUGAUGGGAACUUGCAGACUGUGGCAGUGGCUGCUAUAGCAGACAGCACAAGUGGUUAUAUUCUACAUCCACAGACAUCUCUCACCAUAUCAAAAAAACCAACCACCAGGGUAGUGAAAGAUCCCUUUCCUAUCCCUCUCCAGCCUUUGCUGCCAAAUAUGCCUGCAUGGGCGCGGCAUCUCAGGAGCUAUGAGAAAAUUGGGGACUCGUACCGCGGCUAUUGUGUGAGCGAGGCAGAAUUAGAGAGCGUUCUAACGCUACACAAGCAGCAAACACAAAGUGUGUGGGGGACGCGCCAGUCUCCAAGCCCAGCCAAACCUGCCACACGGUUGAUGUGGAAAUCUCAGUAUGUCCCAUAUGAUGGGAUCCCCUUUGUCAAUGCAGGAAGCAGAGCCAUUGUAAUGGAGUGCCAAUAUGGGCCAAGGAGGAAAGGGUUCCAGCCCAAAAAAGCUGGUGAGCAGGAAAGCACCUCUGGCCGUCUGUAUAAAGCCACUUGUCCAGCAAGGAUCUAUAUUAAAAAGGUUCAAAAGUUUCCAGAAUACAGAGUUCCUACUGACCCUAAAAUUGACAAGAAAAUCAUAAGAAUGGAGCAGGAGAAAGCAUUCAACAUGUUGAAGAAGAACUUGAUAGAUGCUGGCGGUGUCCUCAGGUGGUAUGUACAGUUACCCACUCAGCAAGCCCACCAAUAUCAUGAAAUGGAAACUUCCUGCCUCUCUUCUUCACCCUCACAUUUUUCUGUGACUCCUCCUGAAGAGGAGGAGGAAGUUGUUAGAGAUGAGAACUGCACCCUGCCUUCUCGACUUCAUCCUCAAGUGGCAGACAAGAUCCGAGAACUGGUGUCUCAAGGAAUAGAGCAGGUCUAUGCAGUGAGGAAGCAACUAAGAAAGUAUGUGGAAAGAGAAUUAUUCAAGCCUGAUGAAGUGCCAGAAAGACAUAACCUGUCGUUCUUCCCCACUGUGAAUGACAUCAAGAACCACAUUCAUGAAGUGCAGAAGUCAUUGAGGAAUGGCGACACAGUGUAUAAUUCAGAAAGUAUCCCAGCAACGCUGCAGUGGACCACAGACAGUGGGAAUGUUCUCACAGAAACAGUGACUGUUACGUUUGCCUCACCACCUUCAGAUGGGAGCUCAGCAGGGGAAUCAGUCAUCACUAAAGCAGAAUCCAACCAGAGCGGGGAGUCCUUGCUACCAGAAACAGCUCAGCUGUUGUCUUCACUGUCUUCCCUUCAGACCAAGAUAUUUGCACAGCUUCAGGAAUUACAGCUGCAGUCAACUUUUACCUCCCCAAAUGGAUCAACAGCCCUGAUAGCUGUAAAUAACCAUUCCCCGCCCAGCCCUGCAAGUCUCCUGGAUUCCACAGGGAGUGCAGUAACCAACCAUUCUCUAGUACUUAGUCAGGGACACUGUCUGCAAGCAGGUGCUGGCCUAACACAGCAUAGUGCUGCUGCCCCUGCUUUUGGGACUCCAUCUGCCUCUGAUCAGAGUCUGGUCACCAUGGGCCGGCUGGUAGCAGUUGGAGGGGCAGAUGACUCCAGAAACCUAGAAGGAGGAAUCCAUCAGAUUCUCUUGGGAGAUGUACACACUAUUCCCGUACGGAUUGUGGACAGCCAUCCAGCACUGACUGGAGAAAAUGCAGAGGGUGUUGUCCAUGUGAGCCAAGUUAAACAAGAGCCCAGAGAAAAAGCAUUGUCUGUGGAGCCGGCUAAAAUCAGAGACUGACGUAGUUUGUCACCUAUUUAAAUUUGUGGAGCCUGGAAGGAUUUUCCAAAUCGAAGAACUCUUAAUGUCUUGGAAGGAGAGGCAGGUGCUCUCAAAAGUAUUGCCAUUCUAUUUUACAUCGCAUUGUGACAUUCAGGUUCUGAUUGGUGGCUGAUGUGGCUCACUGCCAAUUCCAGGUCAUUCAGUUGCCCUGUGGAACACCACCUCUCCCUUUUUAUGUCCAGUUUUGAGUCAUUUGGAUGCUAUCCAUAUGGCCCAUUUUGGUUGGCAUUUCAGAAGGUCUUCCACUAUUUAAUUCCUUAGCUUUAGAACGUGGAUACCAAUACUGGGUUUGCUUUUCUCCUCAAAACCCUCAACUGUUUCAGUGCUACAGACGCUAUAGAGUCUGCCAGCUCCAAGACCACAGAAUCCAACAGCAAAGUGUAUCAAUUCAGCAAUGGCUUUCUGACAAAAUGGAGGUCCAAAAUGCUAAAUUUCAAAAUUAUGAAGGACGUGGAUGCUUAAGAAAAUACAGCUUUGACCUGAUCAUAAUGUUAAUGGUGUGAAGAUCAAGGAGAGGAGAAAGGUGAGGUUUCCAGGUGGAAGUAAGGUUGUAUAAUGAGGAAAAGUGUGUGGAUUGUAACAGUGAAUGUUUGACAUCUUUGAACUUAUGUUCUGGCUUUAUCUUGAGGUUCAUUGCUGCAUGCAACUUUGCAUGUGGGGCUGUGUUAGCAGUUGGUCAUAAAAACUAAAAUCAGGAGUCUGGUUUCUUGGAAAAUGUUGCUGUCGUUUCAGCUUAUCUACCUUGUGCUUUGUGCACAGGUAAGUAUGAUUUAUGCACAGCUCAGAUAAAUAUUAUUUAACCUGCUGCUGUUCAUGAUUCGGGGCUUACGGAGACUUUGCUACUAACAGAGAGGCCCAAGAAAACAAGGCAAGUAAUGCAAAUCCAAGCAAUACGUACAAGUGUGCCAUCACUAUAACAUUCAGAAACAAAUUUGUCUUUUCAGUGGUGGCAGCUUCUAAUACAAAAGUGGUUCAUAUGACUUAAAAUAAUGACCAGGUAUCUUGAAAAACUGAAUAUUGUAAAGAAUAUAUUUUAGCAAUAUUGAAGCCAAAGCCAUAAAAAGUGACAAGCACUGAGUUGUGCAAUCUGUGACAGAUGCCACACCUAGUAAAAUACACCUACAAAUAACUUUGAAUCAAUUUAAAGCAGUGAAUGAAAUUAAACUGAUGCCAAGAGAGAUAUAAAGCUAAACAAUGUCAUUGUUUGCUUCAGAUGUUGAAUUCUUAGAGCAAUAUUCAGAGUAUUUUGUAUACAACAGUAUCAGCAGUUCUGUUAUUAGUUCCUAUUGAGCAGUUAAAAACUUUAGGUAUUUUUUUUCUGCAUGCUGUAGAAGAAUGCAAUCUGAGGACUUCUCUUUUUCAGACUUAAAAAGUCCAAAAAACAGAAAAAAAAUUGGUUCAUUUGUGUAGAGGAGUGUUAGGAAUAUUAUAUGAGUUUGCACAGUACCCUGAUUUGCACCAUGCCCUGAAAACAGCAGAACAAAACGCUGGGAGAAAUGUAAAGAAGCAAUAAAGUAUCAGUUGGUUUUAAAAGCUGGGGAUGAGAGUUGCAGUUCUGUUCAUUGCAAAAGUGCACUUGCAACCUCUGCUAUGAAGACAGGCUGAGAGAUCUAGGGUUUUUCAGCCUGGAGAAGAGAAGGCUCUGGGGCGACCUCGUAUUGGCCUUCCAGUAUCUGAAGGAGACUACAGGAAAGCUGGGGAGGGACUUUUUACUGGGUCUUGUAGUGAGAGGAAAAGGGGUAAUGAGCUAAAACUGGAGAAGGGUGGUAAGGCACUGGAACAGGUUGCCCAAGGAAGUCGUGGAAGCCCCAUUCCUGGAGAUGUUCAAGGCCAGGUUGGAUGGGGCUCUGAGCAACCUGAUCUAGUGGAAGGUGUCCCUGCCCAUGCAAGGGCAUUGGAUCUAGACGAUCUUUAAGGUCCCUUCCAACCCAAACUGUUCUGUGAUUCUAUGAUAGGAUGAUUCUUCAGCCAAUAAUCACAUUUUUGUUUCCUUAAUUUUUGCAGAAUUUCAGUUCUUUGUCUUGCAAAUACCUAUUCCAGUUUAGUACCAUGUUGUUUUUUAAGUUAACAUAAGCUUUCCACUCUAAGGAGUAAUUUUACAUUUGUUUUGUGCAUGUUGUUAAUGAAGAAACAUGAACUCAUCACCCAUAUCAAGUAUCUAUAUUCAGCUCAACACCUCAGUUCACUAAUGCCCACCUAAAUUUUACAGAAAAUACUCUAUUAUGUUUAUUAAUAAAAUCACAAGUAAACAAUUCCACUUAAUAUUUGUUGGAACAGAGUACGAGGCUGAUUUUUCAGAGAAAACUAUGUAGCUUGGGCAAAGUAAUUAGUUGUUACUUUGUGUUGACAUUGUGUAUGUUUUUCUGAUGCUUACUUUGUUUUCUUGUGGUUAUGUUCAAGCAUUUAUUUUUAAAACUUAGAAAUUCUGAGUUUCCACAGUACUAUAAAUGAGAAAAUUAUUCUCCAGUUUAUUCUCACUGUUGGUUACCUAUAGCAGUGAUUGGCUGGCUUGACAAAAAGGGCUGUGCUUAUAUAUGUGUGUGCAAAAACAACUUUUGGCUAAAAUGUAGAGAAGACAUAAACCAGCAUAUGGCCAUAGCUCUUGUUCAAGUCUGGCAGCCUCUUGGAUGGAAACCAGCAGUGGUUAUGAGUCUUCUUUUGCCCUGUUCAAAAGUCCAGACUUGAUAAUGUGGCAUGAAGAUUGUUGCAGUUUGUACAAAAUUUAGAGACAAAUGUCUGUAUAUGUAUGUGUAUAUAUAUAUAUAUUUAUAUAGUAACUUAAUGUAUAAUGAUCCUAUUCACAUGUAAAGUACUUUUUCUUUUAAA